UCGAGCGCUGAACGGCUCAGUCGCCGGUCCCAGAGACAGAAGUGAUGAUGUCUUCCCCGUGCAUGAGCGCCCACAAUUUCAUUCCUUGAGACCAAGCCUCUUCUUCUUUUUCCCAGAGAAAGUCGUCCGUUGUUCCCGCGCAGAUAAUAGUUAAUAAUGAAGAAAUAAACUCCUUCAUUAACCACUCAUCCUUCACGAACUGAAAGCCCACGGGCGUUGAACCCCAAACCCUCAAACUCCAUUUGUAUAAGUGACUUUGUCCAGCACAGACGCAGGCCCGCCAAGCCGAAGAGACGUUCCCCCCCCUCGCCUCUGUUUGCUUUAUCAAAUGCCCAAAAACAGCAAGGCCGUCAAGAGAGAGCUUGACGACGAUGUCACAGAGUCUGUCAAAGACCUGCUUUCCAACGAGGACGCCUGCGACGACUCCUUCAAGAAGAGCUCACUGAUCGUCAACGGCCAAGAAGGGGAGGGGAAGGAGUGCGAUGUGGAGGAAGGGGGCUCGGACAGCGAGGAAGAGGAGCGCCCGGCCUGGAACAGCAAGCUCCAGUACAUCCUGGCCCAGGUUGGCUUCUCUGUAGGCCUGGGAAAUGUCUGGAGGUUCCCCUACCUGUGUCAGAAGAAUGGAGGGGGAGCGUACCUGGUGCCCUAUCUGAUCCUGCUGGUACUGAUUGGCAUCCCACUGUUCUUCCUGGAGCUGGCAGUGGGGCAGCGGAUCCGCAGGGGCAGCAUAGGCGUCUGGAACUACAUCAGCCCCCGCCUGGGGGGCAUCGGCUUUGCCAGCUGUGUUGUGUGCUUCUUUGUGGCUCUUUACUACAAUGUCAUCAUCAGUUGGAGUCUCUUCUACUUCUCCCAGUCCUUCCAACAACCUCUGCCGUGGCAUGAAUGUCCUCUUAUCAAGAACAAGACCAGUACAUAUGUGGUGCCAGAGUGUGAGAAAAGCUCAGCCACCACGUACUACUGGUACCGUGACGCCCUGGAUAUCUCUGACAGCAUCUCUGAGGGCGGGGGGCUCAACUGGAAGAUGACGGUGUGCCUGCUGGCUGCCUGGUCCAUGGUUUGUCUCGCCAUGAUCAAGGGGAUCCAGUCCUCUGGGAAGGUGAUGUACUUCAGCUCCCUGUUUCCAUACGUUGUGCUGAUUUGCUUCCUGGCCAGAGCUCUGCUCCUGAAGGGCUCGGUGGACGGGAUCCGACACAUGUUCACCCCAAAGCUGGAAAUCAUGCUGGAGGCCAAGGUUUGGCGAGAAGCAGCCACGCAGGUCUUCUUCGCCUUGGGUCUCGGCUUCGGCGGCGUCAUCGCCUUUUCCAGCUACAACAAGCGAGACAACAACUGCCACUUUGACGCCGUCUUGGUGUCGUUCAUCAACUUCUUCACCUCCGUGCUGGCCACCUUGGUGGUGUUUGCUGUGCUCGGCUUCAAAGCCAACGUCAUGAACAGCAAAUGCGUUGCUCUGAACACCAAUAGAAUCGUGGCGUUGUUGGGAAACGGCAUCGAAGCCACGCUCAUCCCCCAUCACAUAAACCUGACUCAGGUCAGUCAGGUGACGGCGGAUGACUACCAUCAGAUGAUCGACAUCAUCAAGGGCGUGAAGGAGGACGAGUUCCAGAAACUGGGGCUGGAAUCCUGCACCAUUGAAGAUGAGCUGAACAAGGCAGUCCAGGGCACGGGCUUGGCCUUUAUCGCCUUCACAGAAGCCAUGACCCACUUUCCUGCUUCGCCAUUCUGGUCCGUCAUGUUUUUCCUCAUGCUGGUUAACCUCGGACUCGGCAGCAUGUUCGGCACCAUUGAGGGAAUCCUCACUCCUCUGAUUGAUGCGUUCAAAGUCCGCAAAGAGCUUCUGACAGUGGGGUGCUGCGCGCUGGCCUUCUCCAUCGGCCUCCUGUUUGUCCAGCGCUCAGGGAACUACUUUGUGACCAUGUUUGACGAUUACUCCGCCACUCUGCCUCUGCUCAUCGUCGUCGUGUUGGAGAACAUUGCCGUCGCUUGGGUCUACGGGAUUGACAAAUUCUUUGAAGACCUGAAGGAGAUGCUGGGAUUUGCUCCGUACCGUUUCUACUAUUACAUGUGGAAGUACGUCACGCCCAUCCUGCUGCUGGUGCUCCUGUGCGCCAGCUUCAUCCAGCUGAUCAUGACGCCGCCCAGCUACAGCGCCUGGAUCCAGGAAGAGGCCAUGGAGAAGACCCUCCCCUUUCCCCCAUGGGGCAUCGGGGUCUGCAUCUCUCUGGUGGUGAUGGCCAUCAUGCCCGUGCCCGUCGUCUUCUGCCUGCGCUACUUCAACAUAGUGGACGAUGGCAGCGACGGCCUCGCCGCCGUCUCCUACAAGAAGGCCCGCAUCAUCAAGGAGAGCGGCCGGCCAGAGGACGACGACGACGCCAGCCUGAUCCACGGCAAGUCUCCCAGCGAGGCGCCUUCGCCCAUGCCGGGGAUCUACCGCAAGCAGAGCGGCGGGGGCACCGAGGGAGACACCGCGCCCAACGGCCGCUAUGGCAUCGGGUACCUGAUGCCCAGCACGCCUGACACGCCCGAGUCUGACUCAUAGACCCAUCGUGGUUGGAAGUCAGCUGCCCCCCACAGCGUUUAGUCAGCCGUAUCAUCAUGGAAUAUUCUUUUUUGCACUGUGUCUCUCUGUCGAUAUAGUAGCUGCUCUGUAUUUGUUGCCUCUGAACCUUUUGUGGAUGUUCAUCAAAGUAAGAAUGACCAGCUCCCUGCCAGGCUCCGCCCCCACCCACCCACUCUGUAACCCCUCCUCCCAGUUCAACAAGAACACGCAGAGGAGUCAGUCAAGUGGACGUUGGUCGUGUUAAAGCGCCCUGUCGGUGUUCCCGCCCUCGUGUGAGCAGGUCGGUCUGAGUGCAGCCGUCCUGGACGCCGCACCGCCGUCGACACUCGCCGGGUUUUUCUCUGGCUCAGAUAAAAACAGACAGGCCUUGAAAUUCCACUCCCAUGAUUGUUCCAGACAAAAGUGUGCCUAAGUCAUUUCUAUUUGUUUGUAGAAUACACCCCCCAUGUCCAUCUGCAGUAUUCUGUAAAUACAACCCAAAUAUUACAAAUAUGUCCUCCUUGGUCGGUUUGGAGUUCAGAGCAGAGAUUUUAAGGUUCAGAAGUGCUUCAAGUCCUCAACUGGCGUCAUCUUGUUUUAGUUUUCUUUUUUACUAAUGUGCUGUCAAAGCGGAGGGACUGAGUCCUUCUUGUAAAUAACUUUUUCCAUGAAAUGGCUUCAAAUGCAACGUCUUUUUCCCCAACGAUUCCAGAUUAAAGAGAGUCAACAGCCUCA